UCCGGUUGGGCGACCCAUGUGGAGUCCUGGAGAGCAGCAGUUGGUGUGGUGCCUGGCUGUCAUGGAUGUGGUCAGGGGGCUGCACAGGCUGCAGCGGUACAGUGCGCUUCUCGGACAGGCGAGGACUUUCACUGGCAUCCCCGGCUGCUUCCUGCAGGGUCGGUGGAUGGCUUGUACCCAGAGAUCUGGACCCCAGCGACAAUGGAUCUUGCCACCCAGCAGUACAGUAUGCCGCCAUACACAGUCGGACACCUCUCAAGCCACGUUGGCCAGUGUUGCUCCAGUGUUCUCUGUGAUGAAAUUUGACAAAGAAGGAAACAUAUUGUCAUUUGAGAGGAAGAAGACAGAAUUAUAUCAGGAGUUGGGACUUCAAGCACGGGAUCUGAGGUUUCAGCAUCUAGUCAGCAUCAAUGCCAGAAACAACAAGAUCAUUUUAAGAAUGGAGUUUGUAAAAGCUGUUAUUACUUCGGAGUAUCUGCUAAUAUUGGAUUAUCGGAACUUUCACCUGGAGCAAUGGUUUCUCCGUGAGCUUGCCCCUCAGCUAGCAGGAGAAGGACAGCUAGUCACAUAUUCUUUACCUUUUGAAUUCAGAGCUCUGGAAGCAAUCCUCCAGCACAGGAUUAGCACUCUGCACGGAAGACUUCAUUUUUUACAACCUCAAAUCCUAGAAACUUUGGAAGCUUUGGUGGACCCCAAGCUUAUGUCUGUAGAUAGAAGUAAACUGCAUGUCCUGCUGCAGAACGGGAAAACUCUAUCGGAGUUGGAAACUGAUGUUAAAGUUUUCAAAGAAGCCAUUCUGGAAAUCCUGGAUGAAGAUGAGCUUAUAGAAGAGCUGUGUCUGACCAGACUGUCUGACCCUCAAGCGCUUGAAGAGAGCGCUUCACGGAUAGAUCACACAGAAGAAAUGGAGCUGCUUCUUGAGAAUUAUUACAGACAAGCAGAAGAUCUAGCAAAUGUGGCCAGAGAGCUGCGUGUGCUGAUUGAUGACUCCGAAAGUGUGAUUUUUAUCAACUUGGACAGUCAUCGGAAUGUGAUGAUGAGACUCAAUUUGCAGCUGACCAUGGGAACCUUUUCCCUUUCUCUCUUUGGUCUAAUUGGAGUGGCUUUUGGGAUGAACUUGGAGUCCACUUUUGAAGAGGAUCCCCAAGUGUUUUGGUUCAUUACAGGAGUUAUGUUCCUGGGAAGUGGCCUGAUCUGGAGACGCUUGCUCUCCUUUCUUGGAAGACAUCUGGAGCCAUCAAAGCCACCAUCGAUCUGGAAGAGGGCAUUUCCCUUAAUUGGAAGAGCAGAUGCAACAAAUGGGCCUAAAGUGUAAUUUUCCUCACGAGGGCAGAAACCUAUGGGCAUUAGACCUACCAGACAACUGCUCCACCGCGUGACUGUUACUACUCCGUUUUGCCCUCCGAUUACACACUAAAGGAUGUGUAAAUCAUAUUGGGUAUAGGAGUAUGCCCAGUCUGCCUUGGGUACCAUCAUGCAUAGUUAUAUCCCUGAGCCACCCAUUUACUCGGAGGACAUGCUUUCCUCUGUAUGGCAUUCAUGUGCAUUCCACAGUAUUUUGGAAGUGUCUAUUUUCUAUCAUACAAACAGCUUCUGUAGAAAGAAAUGUCAUCAAAGCAUCAGUUUUACGUGACUGGAACAUACCUAGAUUUGCAAACUGAUACUACUUUAAGGUACAUGGGUAGUUAAUGUGAUAUUUCAUUUUUGUAGGGGGAUAGUCACUUACCGCAGUGCCUUAAGGACACCUCAAGUACCUCGCCCCGCUGGACUAUGCUGCUGUUAAUCUGAAACAAAUAAUGCGUGCAUCUAUUUAUUGCCUGUGGUAUAGUGUUACAUCCUUCUGUGCCUUAUGUUACAAUAUGUUGCAUUAAUGCUUUUACUAAGCUGGGAGUGUGGGGAAAUUUUUAACAAGAUUUAGUAAAAUGAAAAAAAAAAAGUUUUUGUGCACAACUUCUUUUUUUUUCUGAGCCUUAAAGGGG